AUGCAUCAAUCAUCGGCUUCAACGCAAUACAGCAGAAUGAAGGUUGUUGCUGCUUAUUUGUUGGCUCUAUUGGGAGGUAACACCUCCCCAUCUGCCGAAGAUUUGAAGAAAAUCCUCGGUUCAGUUGGAGCCGAAGCAGACGAAGAUAGAAUUGAAUUGCUCUUGUCUGAAGUCAAGGGUAAAGACAUCACAGAACUGAUUGCCUCUGGCCGGGAAAAGUUGGCUUCAGUUCCUUCAGGAGGUGGUGGUGUUGCUGUUGCCGCCGCAGCCGGUGGAGUUGCUGCACCUGCUGCUGCCGCAGCUGAGCCAAAGAAAGAGGAGAAGGUUGAAGAGAAAGAGGAAUCUGAUGAUGAAAUGGGAUUCAGUCUCUUUGAUGAUUAAGGAAUUAUGGUUUUUUCACUUUGUGAGAAGCAUACUUUCAUUUUGCUAUCGUUGUUUAUGUAUUUUUCGUAAUGAUCUCUAGUUUUGUCCUAAAUUUUCAGAAUUUAUAGACCAUGCACAAUUUUUGAAGUUCUAAUUUUUAGUUAAAGAUCUGAGUCUAUUUGCCAAUUGAUUUUGUUUCAACAUAUCUGCUUUAAUCGCUUGUUAUAAUCCUGUC